AUCACUUUACACAGCAAAUUUAGCUGGAUUUGAUUUUGCCUGAGAAGUUCCAGAGAGAAGACAUAUCCCUUAGAGUAUAAAUUGAAAACUAUUCCUUUCCUGCUUGGGGAGAGGGCAAAUGCCCUUUUGGCCACUCUCUCUACUUUUAAUUCCCACUAGACUCAUAAGAGUUUAUAAUUAAUGAUUAUAGGUCAUCGCAUCAUUCAGACAUUUCAAAGGCCACACCUAAGUGCUUCUUGUUGGUCCUUGUAAAAUUCAAUAUUGAAAACUAAAUCCGACUUUAGGUUGUGACUAUAAAAUAUAAACGCUAUUGACCUCACUAUCCCCUGGGCUGCCAAGGGCCAGAUAUCAAACCAAACAGCUGCCUAAGCGUAGCUGAUUUGUGGACUGGUUAAACCCAAACAAUAAUAUGUGUCACUGAGACAUGAUAAUAGAAACACAAAAAAACUAAAGUAUUUAAGACUCUUCUGAGAAAGAACUGCCCUAUGGCUGUAUAAAUUUUUUAGUGUAGAAUUCAGUAAAACAUUUUAUCAUCAAUAGGAUUUUAUAAACUCUACCAUGAUACAAGACUCAAGAAGCCACUCUCUCCAGGUCAUCUUCCUUCUUCAUAGAUGAAUCUAAAUCAAAAUCUUACAGUCAAACUGGAGACUGGAUUGCCUUAUUGGACAGGAGAUACAGCUUGGGUCAUGAGCAGAAGAGAACAGCUAUCGGGCGUGAUUUCAAUAUGAUUUUCUUGCACCUCCUGGUAAAGGCAUAUAAUGUGACAACAGCAACAGCAGCAUCAGCAGCAGCAAGUUAAUCUUCAAAGUGCUUCAACCUAUAUGAGAAUUUAAGUGACUUUUACCUAUAGUUACAAUCUAAAGAAAGAAUAAUAAUAAUAAUACUAGUAAUAAUAGAUAGGAGUAGGUACUUGUGAAGAACUCAUAUCUCAUUAUCUCAUAUUUUUCUAAAAAUUUUCCAUGAUACUGUUAUUAUCUGCAUUUAUACAUAAGGAAAUCAAGGCAAAGACAUUCAUGUAUCUCGUACAAAGUGACAUAGCUAACUAUUGCUAGAGCUGGGAUACGAAUCUAGUCUGACACAGGAGCCUACAUGUUCAACCACUGAUUUUUGAUGCCCACUUAUCCCCUACACAUCAGCUUACCAGAACUACUCAUGUUUCACCAAACAUGGCUUGAUUUUUCUCAGUUCUGAGCCUCUGAACACAUUGUUCAUACAAACUAAAUAGCUGUCAGAAACAUAUUUCCAAGAGUAAUUAUAUGCUUUCUUAAAAAUCUUAUCAAUUUCAAUCCAGGUAGUGUCAUUAUUGACUCUUACUAAAUCGCAAUUUGAGCUCCCAUUGCCUUAAUUGCAGUUAUAUUUUGUCUUUAUAUCCAUUUCUUCAAUGGAAAAUAUUAAGCUCAGGGAUUAUAUCUUAAUCAUCUCUUUAUGUUAAGUGGUUGACACAAAAACUAGGUCAUAAUAGAAAGCAAAAGUGUUUACUAAGCAACAGUGAUAUUAAAAGAGAAUCAAUGCAAUGAGAAAAUUCCUUCAAAGAUAAUAGACCUUUUGCUCCCAUGUCUUUUUACAUUAUUUCUAGAGAGAGGCCUUUGUAAAUGGCCUUGGGGAACCACAGCAACAUCACAGAGUUUAUUCUCAUUGGACUGUCUGACAACCCCAAUGUCAAGGCUCUGCUCUUUGUGAUCUUCCUGGAGAUUUACAUUCUGACCAUAAUGGGGAAUGUGAUGAUGCUGUUGGUGAUCAGGGCUGAUUCCCACCUCCACACCCCCAUGUACUUCUUCCUGAGUCACCUCUCUUUUGUUGAUAUCUCUUUCUCUUCAGUCACUGUGCCCAAGAUGCUGGAGAACCUUCUGUCUCAAAGGAAAACUGUAUCAGUAGAGGGUUGCUUGGCUCAGGUCUUCUUUGUGUGUGUUGCUGCAGGGACUGAAGCCUGUCUGCUCUCAGUCAUGGCCUAUGACCGUUAUGCUGCCAUCUGCCACCCUCUGCUCUAUGGACAGAUCAUGAGUAAACAGCUGUAUAUGCAGCUUGUGUGGGGAUCAUGGGGACUUGGCUUUCUGGAUGCACUCAUCAACAUCUGCUUAGCUACAAACAUGGUCUUCUGUGAGGCCAAAAUCAUCCCCCACUACAGCUGUGAAAUGCCCUCUCUCCUCCCUUUGUCCUGCUCUGAUACCUCCAGAAACCUGAUUGUCUUGCUCUGCUCCACUCUUCUGCAUGGGCUGGGAACCUUCCUUUUGGUCUUCUUAUCCUAUGCCCACAUUAUUGCCACCAUCCUGAGCAUCAGCUCCAACUCAGGCAGAAGCAAGACCUUCUCCACCUGCUCCUCCCACCUCACUGCAGUGACACUUUACUAUGGCUCAGGGUUUCUCCGCUAUCUCAUGCCAAAUUCAGGUUCCAGCAUGGAGUUGAUCUUCUCUGUGCAAUAUAAUGUAGUCACUCCCAUGCUGAAUCCUCUCAUCUACAGCCUGAAGAACAAGGAAGUAAAGGCAGCUCUGAAAAGAACUUUGGAAAAGUAUGUACAACAUAUCAGGUCCUGAAAUAAAAACAGAGCAUCAUAGGGAAUUGAAUAAAACUGCAUUCAAAAGGACAUUAGGUGAGUUUACAUCAAGAAGGACGACUCCUGACUACCUAAAUGUCACAUGCUGCAAACUAAAUUAAAAGUGCAUCAUAGAAUGGGAUGGAGUUAUUAUAAGAAGGAUAGUUCACUUUCAUUCCUUCUAAAGGCAAAGCAAAUGAUUAAAAAUAAUAAUCUAGAAAGUUUUGUUAUGAACAUACUGGCUCCUUUUUUCUCAUUCUAAAACAUUCACCUUAGCCUUUGCAUUCAGUAAAGUCAUUACUAUCAUGAAUCUAUCAUUAUUUUUUAUUGACUUUGGGGAAUACACUGAAAGCCAUACAUUUGAUAAGAAUGUAGGGUCCUGGAUAUAUAAGAGUGAAAAGUCAUAGAUAAGGGUAGAUGAGGAGAAAGAUAAAGAAUUCCAACUGGGUGGCUAUAGAACAUUGGUAUGAAAAUCUAAAAGUUCUGCAGAGAGACAAUGAACAUAUUGAGAGAGAGCUCAGACUCAUAAAAUUUCCAAGAACUUUUCUGUAUGUGCACUGUGGUGGCCAGAUCUCCAGUGUGAAAGGCUGCAAGGAGGCUCUGUGGCUCUAGAAACUUCGUUUCUCUCACAGUCUUCAUGAAGAUUUGUAAUUUCUCCAAUUAGCUGGUCUCAUCAAUGUUCUUUUCCUUGUAGAGUGCAGGUUAUGUGUCCUAGACAAAUAAUCUGGUUUUGAUCUCAUCACGAACAAAUCCUAAAAUCAUCUUCGUCUUUCAUCUUUCAGCUGUCAAACAACUGGUCAGUGUUUAGUGGCUGCUGAUUUGCUGAUUUUAAGGCACUGCAGCACUCUUGCAUAAUUCAUUUUUAGCUAUAAAACAUAAAUCCAUUCUCACAGUGCUUCUGAUCUGUUUAAUAUAUAUUUUACAGUUGUCUAGUUCACUGUAUUUCAGUGAAAAGGGGCAAAACCUAAGUACAAGUGAUUGAAUUUACUUAAUAUUAACUUGCACUUUUCUCAAGCUUCUUUCAGAAACUCACUUUAUUCCAAUUGUCAGUUAUAAAGACUUUUCAUCCUCAUCUGCCCAUUGAUAACUCAAAAUUGGAGCCUCUUCCCAAUUGAUACUCCAGAAAACUUUAAAUACAUUAUCCCCCUCCACAGACAACAGGAUAUUCAAGGACUUUCUUGGUUUCUUUGACCUAAGUUUCAACACCAGCAACCCUCUAAGGUCAAGCUUCCUAUGGCGAAGGGGAGCAUAAGGAACUACACCUUGGGAUGAUGGCUGCUUAUAGUCAGUGCACAGAUGCCACCAGAUGACAGUGAUUGAGAGAAAGAUACAAACAGACUUAGUCAAAUUCCCUAAGUAUAAGUCAAAGACAUGAAAUCAUAACUGUGUGAAGACUUCCCUAUAAAUCAAGAGGCUCAGCAGUGUUCUCUUCGUUGGAGGAGGAAUACCCUUGAACUUCGAUGCCCACAAUAGAACCCCACUGCUUACUAUAGCGACUGAUCAGUGAAAGGAUCCUGUCUAGGCCUUAGAGAAGCUCUUUGUACCAUUCUCCCAAGGAUUUUUCUGCCCUUCUGGCCUCCAGAAAUUCAAGGAGACUGCCUGCAUAUUGGCCUUCCCAAGAAGUAUAAGUAACUAGUAACAAUCCUAGCAUAAACCUGAGUGCUUAUUACUGAGAAGUUGAAUUUGAGGGAAAAUUCUCAGUAUUAAUUUCCCAGGAACAUCUUUCCCUUAUCAGGCCUGAAGAUUCGUCCUCUAGGACGGGUGACAAAAAAGCGUAGCAAAUAUGCCAGAAAGGGAGACUUGCAAGGUGACAGUUCCUGCUAAGUUUUUCAAUUUUACCCUAGUUUCAUUAUGUUCUUUGCUUUUUUACUAUUAAAACCCUUGCAGCCUAUUCUAUUUCUUUUAUCAUUUUAUCUUAUAAAAAUAUCACUCUUACAAAAAAAAUGUACAAAACACGUGUGUACCAGUUAAAGAAUGAUUAUGAAAUGAACGCUCAUGUACCCAAUACUCAGUUUAAGAAAUUAUUCACUUCACGACCUCUUCUCCACUCCCCCAAACUGACCAGUACUCUGAAUUUUCUUUGAUUUUCUUUAUAUAAUUUAGUUUUGCCUGUCUGUGAACUUUAAAUAAAUAGAACUAUGAAAUAUGUAUAGU